AUUAUAUCCAAAACUGUUGAUCUAGCAAAAACUCUUCAGUGUAAAAAGUUUGAGUUCGCUUUUAUUGUUUCUAGUAAUAUUGCAAUUUUUUCGCAAUUUGUAAACAAAACAUAAAGCAAAUAAAAUUGUCGGUUUUUUAAUGCAGUAGUGUUAUGUGUGUUAAUCAUAUUCGAGCUACCGCCCUCAUUCAAAGUCUAAGAAAAUACCCUCGUGCUAAAAUUCUUCAACAUUUCAUUAAGUCUUGGGUUCACAUUCUUGGAAAAUUAUUUUGCUAAUCUUGUGAUCUUAUAAUAUUUUCCGACGAAACCGGCUUUUAGCAGUAUAUAUAAGACCAGCAUGUCAUUCUGAGUGGCAUUAUCGCUUUGGUGGCUCGGAGUCAAAAGACAAUCUCGUUUUGUGACAUGCCGCAGAUUAAUACAACGACAGAAGGUAGCUACUUGAACGAUACCACUGGUGAAACAGCACUUGAGUAUGACAAACUAUUGAAACAACAUUUUGAAUACAGGCUUUCCAUCGAUCUAUAUAUUUACGUCAUUCCAAUACUUGUGAUUCUUGGAUGUACAGGGAACUAUCUAAGUCUCUUAGUGACCCGGCGUCGACGGAUGAGACAACUUCCAAUAUGCGCAAUCAUCUCAGUGUUGGCGUGUGCGGAUUCGGGAGUGCUUUUAUUCAGUGGAGUUCGGUACUGGAUAGGAAAGGUCAGUGGAUAUGACUUAAAGAUGUUAUCUAACGUGACAUGUAAAAUAUUCGGGGGUUUUGUGUAUCACUUUGUGCGACAUUACGCAUCUGGGCUUGUGGUGCUUAUCGCCGCCACACGAACCAUAGUCGUUUUCAUGCCAUUGAAAACAUCCUCCAUCGCAAUGGUACGUGUCGUGAAAGUCACGUGUUGCAUAGUUGGACUCGUUCUUGUUUGCAUCGACGCAUCUUUGUUUUGGAUCUAUGAACUCAUACAAGAUCCCAUCGAAACAGAUGGAAAUAUAGUUUAUCAGACACGUUGCUUUAUAAGAGGAUCGAUG